UCUUUCUUCUGCGAUUUUUUUGCGGCAGCCACACAGUAGCUGAAAUUCGACUGUUUGCGAUCUCUUCUCAGCCAUGCAGGAUGACAAAUCGUCUAGGAAACGGAAACGUAAAUCCAAAAUUGGAAGUUCCGCCGAUCCGAGUUGCAACGAUGCUAGUAUUAUCUGUGAUAAGCGGAAGAAAGUCGUGAAAAAAGUUGAACUUCCCGCGUCUUCUACAGUUGUAGCUACAAAUUCACUUAAACAGUCAAAAUCUAACGCUUUCCUUGAUAAGAUGAGAGCAAAAUUAUCUGGAGGCCACUUUCGGAUGAUUAACGAGAGGCUGUACACUUGCACGGGGGACGAGGCUCUCAGCUAUUUCAAAGAAGAUCCAUCUUUGUUUAAUGUGUAUCAUACAGGGUAUCAAGAGCAAAUGUUUCAUUGGCCUGAGCAACCAGUUAAUAUCAUCAUAAAAUGGCUAAAGUCAAGGAAGACAUCUUUGGUUGUGGCUGAUUUUGGUUGUGGGGAUGCUAUUCUUGCAAAAAACGUCAAGAACAAAGUUUUCUCUAUCGACCUUGUUGCAAAAGAUCCAUCUGUCAUUGCCUGUGACAUGUCAAAUACACCCCUGGAUUCCUCAUCCAUAGAUGUUAGUGUCUUUUGCCUAUCCCUAAUGGGAACUAACUUCCCUAAUUACAUCCAAGAAGCUUACCGAGUUCUUAAGCCAAGUGGAUGGCUUUUGAUAGCAGAAGUGAAGAGUAGAUUUGACCCAAACAAUGGAGGAGCAGACCCAGAUAGGUUUGUAAAUGCAGUGAGUCAAUUGGGAUUUACCCUUAUUUCAAAGGACUUCUCCAACAAGAUGUUCAUCCUGUUAUACUUCAAGCGCAAGGUUCCUUUGCCAGAUCUGGAGGAGAAGCAAAGUUCUAAAGGGAAACAAAUUGAGUGGCCUGAGCUAAAGCCUUGUUUGUAUAAGCGACGGUAGGAAAUGUUUUGCCGAAUCUGUUUUAGUAUUUUCCAAUGAACAUGAGUGGGAUUUCUAUAUAUGUAGUAUGAUAAAAUUAUUAUUUUUUCAUGGUUGUGACAACCAUAUAUAUAUUUAUUGCAUUUUCUUAUAUAAUAUAGAUCUGAUAUGGGUUGAUACAUAAAAGGUGUUAGUUAGA